AAAAUCGAGGGCGUAGUAUGACUCAACGACAAGUGUAACGUCUCUUUAAUUUCAAAUUUUACGAUCCAACAAUAAAUUAGAAAACUCUUUUCUUCUCAAGCAGCACAACUGAUCUGCAAAUUUUUAUUGGUGCUACCAACAAGUUAGCAGAUCCUUUUAUUUCCAGAUGGUACAAUUCAACAACUGACCAGAGGAAAUUUCUUAUUCUCCAGCAAUACGAGUGACAUAUCCGCCGUUUUUUUUUAAAUCAUGCCAACUAAGUACAAAACAAGACGGAUGAUUCAAUUAACUGUUAUUAUUGCACGACCCGAGUGCUGGUAAAAUCGCUCCCUAGAUAUGCAGGAAUAUUGCGUAUCGACCGAAAACGCCAGCGUGACACAUUCGUUCCUCCCUGCAUCUUCGCUCGGAAGGUUUGACAACUCCGAGUCAGCGAGGUUGGCAUGUCAACAGAUUUCUGAGCAUUUCGACGCUCGCGUUGCCCUUCAUGUGACAGCGGGAGCACCUUCGUUGUCUCUCAAGGUCUGACCAUGGUGAAUCUACGGGAUCUCCAGAUAAACGCGCUCAAGCAGAUGUUGAAUCUGAAUCAGCCCGAGUCGCGGCACGAGGAGGCGGUGCCGACGUGGAAGAUCCUCAUUUACGAUCGCCUCGGCCAGGACAUCAUAUCGCCGCUCGUCUCCGUCAAGGAGCUGCGCGAGCUCGGUAUCACGCUGCACAUGCAGCUACAUUCCGACCGGGACUCCAUUCCCGAGGUGCCGGCGAUCUACUUUUGCGCGCCUACGGACGAGAAUCUGGGCAGGAUCAGUCAGGACUUGCAGAACGGCCUCUACGACAUCUACCACUUGAACUUCAUCUCGCCGAUCUCGCGGCAGAAGAUGGAGGACCUGGCGGCUGCAGCGCUGCUCGGUGGCGUCGUCUCCAGUAUCCACAAGGUGUUUGAUCAGUAUCUCAACUUCAUCACCCUGGAGGACGACCUGUUCGUUCUGCGCCAUCAGAACAGCGACGUGAUAUCCUACCACGCGAUCAACCGCGGCGACGUCAAGGACAGCGAGAUGGAGUCUGUGAUGGAUAUCAUCGUGGACUGCCUGUUCUCGGUGUUCGUCACCCUGGGCACCGUGCCCAUCAUCCGUUGUCCGCGCGGCAAUGCCGCCGAGAUGGUUGCUAAAAUGAUCGACAAGAAGCUCCGGGAGAACGUGUGGGACGCCCGGAACAACCUGUUCGAGGGCGAGGUAAGCGCGACCGGGCACUACAGCUUUCAACGGCCCCUGCUCAUCGUGCUGGAUCGCAACGUCGACAUGGCCACGCCGCUGCAUCACACAUGGACGUACCAGGCGUUGGCGCACGAUGUCCUGGAGAUGGCGCUUAACCGGCUGGUCGUGGAGGAGAACGUGGGACGGUCUCCGGCCGGUGGGACGCGUUCCAAGACGCGCGCCUACGAGCUGGACAGCAGGGACCGCUUCUGGUGCGAACACAAGGGCAGCCCGUUCCCCAGAGUGGCCGAGGCGAUACAGGAGGAGCUGGAGCAGUAUCGCACCUUCGAGGAGGACGUGAAGAAACUCAAGUCCUCCAUGGGCAUCGACAACGAGAGCGAGGCGGCGUUGUCGAUGGUGUCGAACAAUACAGCGCGGCUGACCAGCGCGGUGAACUCGUUACCGCAGCUGCUCGAGAUGAAGCGCCUGAUAGACAUGCACACGUCGGUGGCCACCGGCAUCCUGAACGCGAUCAAGUCGAGGCGGCUGGACACCUUCUUCGAGUUGGAGGAGAAGAUCAUGAGCAAGCAGACGCUCGACAGGAGCGUACUCGAGACGAUCGGCGAUCCGGACUGCGGCACGCCCGAGGACAAGCUCCGUCUCGCUAUUAUUUAUUAUAUCUGCACGAACAUGUCCGACGCGGACUACGGUAAGCUGGAGGCCGCCCUGACCGCGGCCGGCUGCGACCUGAAUCCCUUGAUCUACGUCAAGAGGCUGCGUAGCUACACCAGGAUAGCCGAAAUUCAGAGCAGCUACGAGGGCGGCGGCACCAAGACGGUCAGCAUGUUCUCGAAGCUGAUGAAUCAAGGUUCGUCCUUCGUCAUGGAGGGCGUGAAGAAUCUGGUGGUGAAGAGGCACAAUCUACCCGUCACCAAGAUAGUGGACGAACUGAUGGAGUCGAAGCAGUCCUCCCGCACCGAGGACUACUGCUACCUGGACCCGAAGCAGCUCAAGCACACCGAGCAGAUGCCGAAGAACCGGCCGACCUUCCAGGAGGUCAUCGUAUUCGUCGUGGGCGGCGGCAACUAUAUUGAGUACCAGAAUCUGGUGGAUUACGUGAAGCAACGCAGCGGCGCCGGUGUGAACAAACGAGUGAUCUACGGCUCCACGUCCUUUAUCAACGGCAAACAAUUGCUGAAGCAACUUUCUCUCCUCGGCCAGGAAGUCCACUCGUGAACGUUCCGCACGCAUUUGUCGU